AAUGCCAUUAGACUAUUUUCAUUUUGAAUAAAUUAGUUAACAAAUACCUGUUUGGAAAACGCUAUUUUUAGCGAUGAUUUUCUUACAGAAGGCAACUUUUACACCCAUUUAUUGAUGGUAUAAUCGUUUAACUGUUAUUUACAAAUAAACAAAUGCCUUAAAGCACGCGUUACACUCGAAAAUAACAUUAUUUUGCACCUGCUGUAACAAAUAUUUGCGCAAAUAUUCGGCACAAUAGGAUUAAAUUUUAUUAGCGAACCGCAAGGCUAAAUUAAGUCAACAAUUUUUAUAAUACGGAUUUGAGAAAAGUAAAGAAAAUUAGGAUCCCGCGUCGGUAAAUAAAUCCAUCAAAAUUUCUCCACUUUCUUUUGUUUCUAAAGUGUUUUUUAUUCAUGUCGGUGCUCUCUACAACGACACUUUGACCACGUUUUCUGGGUCAAAUGUCAUUUUUAUGCACCACGUGGGUGGGAUAAUGGCUAGUACAGUGAGAAAUUUCGUAUUCUGUGGGGUUAAAUCGUGUCAAAUUGAGGUUUAUGAAUUUUUAAACGCCAAUUGAUUUAAGAUUUUACGCACCUCAGUCGAUGCUGACCUUUUAAACAGGCUGCUAUUCUUGUGUCAAAUAAAAAUCAAAAGUGUAACGUUUCAGCGAGUUGAAAAUAAAUUAAAAAAAAUCUUAUUUUAAAUAGCUUCAUUCAUUUGACUUAAAAUAGCGUAGUUGUGCAAAUUCUGGAAGAUAUCUGACAAUGUCAUCAUACUCGCAAAGCUAUAGGACAACAAAUGACAAUGGGUACAUCUGGGACGGCAGUACGUGCAAUUGCUGCCCCUAUGGCUACCACAUCGACUUGGACUUCGUCCGGUACUGCGAAACGAUCAGUCAGGAGGCUGACAGGACCGGGUCGAUCAAACGACGCAAAGAUCGACGACGACAACGACAAUCGAUGGAAGUUUUAUUGGGAAUUACGCCCCCGGUUUUGGCUGCUUUAGAACAAAGUUAUAAAACGAUUCAAGAACAGGAAACUCCGAAAAUAAUCCAGACUAGCAGCCAGCUUCCCGUAAGUCAAGAUGCUUUUGAUGAUGCCAUCUCGGAUUUUGAAAGGACUUUGCAACGUUCCAAAAACAAAUUGUACAAUAAUUUACCAGAUGUUACAGCCGUGUCAGAGACCAUCAAAAGAGUGCCAUCGAAUUCUUCGAUGUCAUCGGUCUCCGGCUCGAGUAUGACUGUGCUACCAGAAACAACGAACCGCGAUUUCGACACGGUCAGUAUAGAAUCAUGCGGAUUGAGCCCUUUAGCCCUUCAAAGCAUAAGGGAGCAAAUGGCCAUCAGCUUAGAAAGAACCAAACUACUCGAAGACCAAGUCAAACUUAUACCACAACUAAAGGAACAGUUAUCCUCAUUAAAGGAAGAAAACCGCCGCUUGCACCUCCAACUAAAAUCUGAAGAAACGCAAAAAUACAACACAAUAAACGCGAAUUAUCUUCGCCAAUCCCCUCAAAACAAUCGAAUGAAGUCGCAGUCAUUCACCAACAUUGACAGUCUUGACUCGAAAGAGGCCCCUCCGCCCCCACCUCGAAAAGAUUUUGGGGUGAAUUGUGGCGUCCUGACGCGAAAUAUCGGCGUAGGCCACCAAAACCCCAACACAAAAACCGUUUCAACGGCAACUCUGGAUGAUCUCACUGUCGAUAAAUGGUUCAACGAAAAAAUCAAAUUCAUGAACAGCCAAAACAUCUCGCGAUCAUCACAAACCCUCAUUAAAGAAAUCAGAGGAGUCGCUAGUCAAACAAUUGAAAAACCGCCAAUGAUUGAGGCACAGACACAAACCGCGGAGCCUAAGAAGUAUUACUCCCACGCUAGCGUGUCAGCAAUCCCCAAAAUUCGGGAUUUCAGUGUGCAAAAAUGUGUCGAGGUUUACAAUAUCGGCACGUCUGAUGACACGAUAAGUGAUAUAGUUUGUGAAAAAUGCAGCGUUUGUAAGUGUAGUGUGGGGGUGGGGCCGGAUAGUAGCGAAGACUCGCACACCAGCCCCGUCUCAUUGGCGUCCCUCAUGGGGCCGCGGAGCAAAUCGUUCAAUUUGGGCGAGGCCCCCUUGAAUUUCAACUCCCGGAGUCGAACAGUGGCGUGCCAGUAUGAAAAUUUCGGAGUCUCUAAAGCCUCGCAGUUCGAACCUGCGGGAGUCAGUAGAGCUUGUCAAUGCGAAGUCAAAACACACUCGAAAGCGUGUCAGCACGAACUUAAACAAAUACACAAAAAUACGCAAUAUGAAAGUAAUUCAGUCUCUAAAGACACCGAUACCAAAGAUCUGAUCACGGCGAUAAGACAUGUCGCUUGUGAAGCCAAAGAACGCAAGAAACUGACCACCGAUGUCGGGUGUAAUACCUGCGAUGACAAAACAGUAUGUGCGAAAUGUACAAAUAAGGAGAAAGAAGAGGUUAAUAAGAAAGAUACGAGUUUUACGUCGAAAAUUCCGAGGCCACAAAUUCCGACCACUCCGGUGGAAAAUAGGAAGUUUAGAAGACAGGAUACCUACACCAAAAUAUAUUCAUCACCAGGGUCACCGACUCUAGGAUUAUCAGGACUCGACUUGUCCCCAAAGUCACCAUCGAACGAACUCUCAAAUCCGAUAGAUAAAUUAACACACAAUUUCAAAUUACCGGAGAAAUCUCAUGCUCAAAAUGGCGUUGCCGCCCCCACGAAAGUGCAAAUACAAGAAUCAACACUGCCACUACCGGAAACGGCGUUAUUCAACCCUGCUAGUGCUCAACAUAGGAAAAAAGCGGUACCAAGCAAAGAAAUGCAAGGUGCGAUGAAAGUACUGAACGACUCCCUCCAAAAAAGUCAAACGAAAAAUCUAAAAAGUCACAACGCGAUUAAUAUUGUUCAACAGGAAUGGUUUAAAAUAUCAAGCCUGUAUACGGCAAAUCCGUUAGAUGUUGAAGACUAUUUAGACGCUUUUGAAGAAGUUUCUUCAGUUUUGCUCCAAUAUAUUGUUAAUAUGACUGAUGAAAGUGGUAACACUGCGAUGCAUUACGCAGUGUCACAUGGGAACUUCGAUGUAGUGUCCAUCCUGCUUGAUUCAAAAGUUUGUGAUAUUAAUAAACCGAAUAAGGCUGGUUACACGAGUGUUAUGUUGGUAUCACUGGCCGAAGUCAGGUCACAGACACACGCCAACGUCGUGCGAAGGCUAUUCCAACUGGCCGAUGUCAACAUUCGGGCAAAACAGCAUGGCCAGACUGCUUUAAUGUUGGCGGUAAGCCACGGCCGGCUCGAUAUGGUUAAAAUGUUACUAGAGGCAGGGGCUGAUAUUAACAUUCAGGAUGAGGAUGGUAGCACUGCUCUCAUGUGCGCAGCCGAACACGGCCAUGAUGAAAUAGUGAAACACUUUUUAACACAACCAGAUUGUGACUCCAGUAUUACCGAUAUCGAUGGGAGCACUGCGCUCAAAAUUGCAAUGGAGGCCGGCCAUAGACAUAUCGGGGUUUUACUCUACGCUCAUCAAAGAAGGCUCUACGGGAAAAAGAAAUCGAAACCCGCAAGCCCUAAAACCCCAUUGUCACCCUUGCCUAUACGAAGCAGUCAUCGUGCCUUAACCGAUACUAAAACUACUAAGUAGUUAUAACUUGUUAAUGCCCGGUUUCUGGAACGACUUAACAUUCGGUAAAUUUUAUCGCUUCGAUAGUUACUAAGAUAGCGCUGAUUUGAUUGCGUGGAAACACGCAUAAUUGCUAUAGAAAUAGCAAUUAUGGAACCGAUAAAAUUUAUCUAACAAUAAAUCGUUUCAGAAACCGACCCUAAAUGUUUUAAUAGUUGUUAAAGGUGUGUCAUAAUUAGUUUUAUGUAGUAGACAAAAUAACUGUUUGUUGUAGUUUUGUAGGGACCAAAUUAUCGAAUCACUAAUUUAAUUAAUUACAUUCCAUUGUUGCUACUUACGUUUUUUAUUAUUUAAUUCUUUUGUAUUAUAUUUGUAUAUUUGUAAUUAAUAGACUCACCUCUAAUA